UCUCUUUUCCCUUUCACGUCCGCCCACAAUUUUAUUAUUAUUUAUUAGUCUCCUCCUCUCUUCUGCACUUCGGUCUUCACUCAGCAGCUUUCCCUCUAUUUUUCUUUAGCGUUUCCUUUCCUUUCAGCUCGGUAUGCUCUUCCUGAAUCACUUUGAGAGCGAAGUGCUGAUUUAAAUUGAUGGGUACAGAAUCAAAGGAUGCUUUAGUGGAUGAGAGUGCCAGCAUCUUCUUAUAUAGCCAUGCUGAGGUUGACCAAGAUUUAUCUUAUUUGACUACUUUUGAAGAUGAAGUUACAAGAUUGCAACAAUACUUACCUGAAUAUAAAAUGGACUGUUUUGAUGGUACCAUCGGUUUUGAAACAUUCAAUUCACUAAAGGGCUUCAGUAUUGAAAGUUUUUCAUGUGCUUUCGACUAUGAUCACAUAAACUUCGAUGGUGAUGCGCUGGAUUUGUAUCUUGCACAAGAAGGAGAGGAAACAAAGGUAGAAGGCAAUAGCAAUAGGCUGCAAGUCACUAACAAGAAGGUUCUUCUUGGAGAUUUUAGAACUGAUUCCGCAUGCAAGGAAACAUUGGGUGCUGAACCAGCUGAUGAAGCUCCCAAUUUGAGUUGCGGUUCAUGUGAAAAAACCAGUCUAGGAAAUGUGGCUUUGAAAAGCCACUCCCCACAUUUCCAAGAAAGAGAUUGUCAUGCCGAAAUAUCCAAUUUAUCUUCUUCAAGCGAAACAGUGCUUGAAUCUGCACGUGACAGGGAUUCCCUUUUGCUUGACAAGAUGACAGCUCAAGAUCUUUGUCAAGUCUUCAGCAGAAUAUUUGGAUGUGAAACAUCAGUUAAGGACAAGCAAUGGCUGAAACACCGUAUUGCAGUUGGUUUGCAGAACCGAGGUGAAUUAGUAGAUAGUCUGAACUUAUUGGAAUCUGGUGAAACUUCCAAGGCUGAUGAAGAAAAAGCUGUCGUUCUACUAAAUGCGGCAUUGUCUGGAAGUGCUUCUGACUUGACUGAUACAUUGGAAAACCAACUCAUUUCAAGAGAAAAACAUGUGAAAAGGAUGAGGCUUGCUAGUUGCAACUCUUUGAAAAGUGUGUCUUCUCCAGUGAGAGAGGUUGGGUUUUGUUCUGUGAACAAAAGCAAUACUGCGGAUGCACUUGUUACACAAAAGCAAACACACUGGCCUACUGGGAUAUGCACCAAAGGACUACAAGAGCAAAACUCAAGAUAUCACCACAGAAAAUGCAGGGCAUCCUACAAGAAUGCAAGAGACGAGUUCCUGAAUGUGAAAAUUCAAAAGCAGCAUUGUCAAAAGGGAAUAGGAACUGCACAAUUGAGUUGUCAGGAAGAAUCUCUGAAAGGAUCCUGUGUUCAGGUUCCAUUAGAUCUUCCAGUCCAAAUAGGGGAAUCAACAAAAGAUAAUCAUUUGGUUAAUGACUUUGACAAUUGCAAGGACAAUGAGGUAUCAGUUUCAGAUGAAGAUUUUGAUAGGGAAACCUCUUCAGCUGACUCACAAAUCUCAGAAGAUGAUUCUGUAACAAGGAGAAAAAGAGCUAGAAAACGGAAACAGCAUCACCGGAGGUGGACGCCUUCUGAGGUGAUGAAGUUAAUUGAGGGUGUUUCCAAGUGUGGAGUUGGAAAAUGGACUCACAUAAAGAAGUUACUGUUUUCUUCAUCUUCUCAUCGCACAUCUGUAAAUCUCAAGGACAAAUGGCGAAAUCUUUUAAAGGCUAGCAACAAUGAGAUGCAAAAAAAGAGAAAGGUAGAGCAAGGGGAAACACAAUUAUCACAUCAACUAUCAGAGUCUAUUUGGUGUCAGGUUAGAGAGCUGGCUGUCAUCUAUUCAUAUCCAAGGGAAAGCAAGUCCAAAGUAUAAUGUACUCCUGUGGCUUCAUCAAUCAAUUCCUCGCAACUAUUGCUAAUUCCUUCAGGCCUUUGACAAUUGCUGAUGGGGGUUAGUCAGCAAAGAAACCACUAGAUAUUUCGUAGACGUGGAAAGUGUGAGUUAUAGAAAGCUUUAGCUAGAUAAGUGAGAGUAAAAAGAACCAAAACAAGAGAAAGAAAGGUUACUUUAAGAAUGCCUUUCAUCUUGAAAUAGAAUCACUUUCUCCCUUCAAUUCAAACUCAUAGAUGAUACCCCACUAGGUUAAAAGAAAAACGUACAAAUGAUACAGGAUUUCUUCUUGUGAAAUUGUGGCAGUUGAAUAUGCUAUUUGUUUUGUAGCCCUUUGUUUUCUCCCCCUUAUGUCGGACAUUAAGUUAUGCAGCUGAGUAUCCUAUCUUUUGAGUGAACAGAAAUUUUCUUAGCAUGAUUAAUGUAUGUUAUGUUCUACCUUUUCUGUGUACUGCUGGAGGAUGGGAAUUUAAUGCUGGUCGUUUCAAGACCUUUGUGUG